AUGCGCUUGUCGCAUCGUCGGCUUCUUUUUGUCUCAUUUUCUCUGAUCAUCAUUUUCCUUGUCAACGAGGUUUCCGCAAAGAGUCGAGCGGUAAAGAAGAAAAAGUCGACAAUGCCAUCGAUUCAAAAAGCGGCCAUCGUGAUGCCGUUUCGGAAAAUGUUCGAAGACGCCGGAGUGGCCAUCAAUUGUCCAUCGGGAAACAAAGUCUAUGUGCAUCCGAUCACCGGCGAUUUGCAGCAAUGCUCACAGAAAUUGGGCUUCUACAACGAGACCUCGUGCCCGGGUGGCACUGUUUGCGAGCGUUUUCCGAUUUUAGUGCCCGGAUUUCAGGAUUAUUGUUGCUGGGAAUCGGCGAGCUCAAACGAAGAAAAGACGAAAAUCAUCACGACAACUGAUGGAGACAACGAGGGUUCCCCUUUCACGAAUAAACCCGAAAUCGAGGUUGAGCCGAUCAUCGAUCGACCCGAUGGUGGGGAUGGAGAUGGAGAGGAAGGAUUCGGUUCAAGCUUUGAGUUGCCCGAUCGUUUGUCAAGUCGAAAAAUCAUUCACAAGAAAAAGGGAAAACCCUCGAAUAAGCAAGGCCCAGACGACUACGAACCGUAUGGGCCUGAUGCUCUCCCAGAAGCAGCCGUCAUCGACAUAAAUGGUCCAAAUGGAGUGAUUGAUGAAGGGAAUGGCGAUGGAGAGGAUGGAUUCACAUCUGGAGGGAAUGGAGGCACGAGUGGAGGAUUUGGUGGUGGAGGGAAUGGCGAAGAUUGGGAAACGGGCGAGGAAAUGACAACAAGACAAACAAAGAGACCAAGAAAUCGAAAAAUCACCACCACCACCACAAAACCAUCAACAACGACAACGACGGUGAAACCGCCAUCUCGUCGCCUUCCAAAGUGCUCGGAUCCCAGCGAGGUUCCAUUGAUCGAUCGGGGGAAUCGGCUGAGAAAUUGCUACUAUCAGCAAUGCCCAAGGCUAUUGUUGAUAAAAGCUUUAUCAUUACUUUAUUUUUGGGAAUUCCGAUGCGAGUUCAACAAGGACGUGCUUCGGUAUAUUUGCUGUGGAGCAGAGGGGAAUGCACCCGAGGCACCAGGUUUACCCCCAAUUCCUCAACCUCGUCCAUUGGUGCCUCGACCGAUGCGACCCCGGCCGGGACCUUACGGUGGAAUACUCAGUGAUCAGGACACCGAACUGGAAGACUCCGACUCGCCGGAUCUCCCCUCAUCCUCUUCCGGAAUGCCACCGAUUUUUGCAGCAAGGCCCCGCAAUGUCGAGUUCUCGGGAGAGCGACAAGAACGAAAUGACGAACAUCACCAAAACUCACAUCAUUAUCCGAAUGAGCACGGAAUUAUCGUAAAUGGUGAUGAACGAGAGUUUGAGCAACAGCCCGAAAUUCACGAGAACACAGGAAAUACUCGACGAGCACCACAACACAAUCGGGGACCUGGUUUCAAAUGUGAGAUGGGAAAUGGAGGAAAUGGAGGAAAUGGAGGAAAUGGAGGAAAUGGGAAUAACGGGAAUGGAGAGAUGCAACAAAAUGAUGGUGGAAUGAUUGGAUGCGGGAACGGAUGUCAACAACAAAUGAAUUGCUGCGGAUGUCAACAAAUGAUGAAUAAUUGUGGAGGGUGUCCAUAUGGAAUCGAUCAAAUCUCAAAUAUGAAAAACAAUGGAUGCGGGAAUCAGCAAAAGGGACUGGAAAUCGGGAACGGAUGUCCAUUUGGGAACAAUCAAAAUAAUAAUGGCCAAGGAAUGGGAAAUGGUUGCCCGUAUGCAAACAAGGAAAUCGUGGGCAAUGGUGGUAAUGGAUGCCCGAUGGGGCCACAAACGUUCAACUCGAGAAAAGUCGAGAAUAAUGGAGAUGACGGGAUGAUUGAUGAUUUCGGCGCAAUUCCACCAAUGAUCAUACCGGAGAAUCAUCAAGAAAAUGGACGACGAGGAGGACAUGGAUCUCGACCGAAUCGACCACCGCAAAGUCGACCGAUCGAUGGAGAUUUCAACGGAAUGCCAGCUGGUCCACCGAGAAAUGCACAUGGGAAUGGGAAUGAUGGACAAAGAGGAGUACAAGGACAUCAGAGUGGCCAUCAGAGUGGACAUCAAGGAGGGCAUCAGGGUGGAGGACCGCCAAGAGGCCCAAUGGGUGGAGCUCCGCCUUUACCCGAACCUCGUCCAUUGACCCCAUCGGCUGGAGCCAUGGGUCCAAUUGGUACAAGGAGAGGCUCAACAACGAGCCAAGUGCAGAAUGGAAAUCAGCGAAUUGGAAUAAGCUCAAAGGGUCGAUCGGGUGAUGGUCACGGCUUGGCGCCGCAAAAUGGUGGAAUGGGUGGGCAAGGAGGGCAAACGAGAAACGCUCGGCCACGAUUGCCCAAUAAUAACGAUGGGCAUAGACCGCAUUCGUUAAAGGGAACGGUCCGUCGUCCCCGUCCAUCUCACUCACAAAAAAUCCCGGCGAAAAAGCAAACGACUUGUCCGAAUGGACACGAAUAUUCGAUGGCGAAUUCGUUCCCCGAAUGCCAUCCACCGGGACUCGACUCUUGCCCGUUGACGCACAACAAAUGCUUGAUGAGCACGAAAAUCGGGCAUUUCGUUUGCUGUCGGACU